AUGCCACUUCUGAAUAACAGGACGUAUCGUUCAAAUGAUGUGAAAGUCUCGCUCGUGGACAAAACUGAUCCGUACAAUUUGCAGAACUACCAUAUUCGCGAUGACAGUGAAAUAACGUCGUCUGAUGGAAGUGAGAUCGAUGACUUGAGCGAUGAUAUUGCUGAGAGAACCUGCUUUCUUUCUGAAAGACCUCAGAGUGCAAAUGUUUCCUACACACAAGUUACAGAACCUAAGAAGAGCCACAAAGGUGAAUCGCCCUUUAAAAGAGGAAUAAGCUCUUUAUUUCGAAGACAUGACACACAUUUGGGUAGCCAAGGUGAAGCAGCCGCUACUCAUGAGCGCUCUACAUUGGAAGCUCCUGAAUUUCCUGAUCUUUCGGACGGCUCCGAAACUACGGGAAGUCGUCCAUCCAGUGCCACGAGCUCUAGCAAGUUUUGGAGGUCUUGGAGAUCGCGUCAGCAUAGAAGAAAUGCAGGUAGAUUCAAAGAAACUAAUUCGGAAGGUGUAUCGAAUGGAACGCACAUAACUGACAUAAACCCCGAAAGCACUGCUACAAGACUGACUAAAGACGCAAGCGAAAGCGAAGUGGUCGGAAGGGCCAUGGGAGAAACACUGAAAGACCUAGAGGCUUUAGCUGACACAAAAAGUUUGAUUGGUUUUAGUGACACAGAAGCUGAUGCCUAUGGAAGAAGCAAACUGUUCAAAAAGAAAGUUGAAUCAGAUCACUGCGAGAGCGAGACAUCGGAGGAGGGGUCUGACGAACUUGGACUUGUAAAGCAUUCAAACGCGGAUGGAGGAAGUGAUCCCUUACCACAUGCCCCAUCGCCGUUAACUCCCGUCGACGAGGUCUCUGCAUUUACGAAAAGCUUAUCGAAGAAGAUGAACUCGCAAUACAGGGAUGUUUACCGAACUUCUGAGGACUACGUCACCUUGGAAGAACAAUUCGAUGGUUUACAGGUCAACAAGAACUCAAAAACAUACUUUAACUUGUUGAACACGAUUCGCUUAUUAAACGGACCCUCUCAGAGUUCUGCUAAUUUGAACACAUUAGAAGAGUAUACAAGAGCGGUUUUUGCAUUGGUGGAAAACUCAACAGGUAAUUCACAACACGGGAAUUUCGGAAGUCCUGCGGCGGUUGAUCCCAAUAUCGAGGAAGACGGCACAGGAAAAGCAGCCGAAAUGGCUGAUCAAAUUCUCGAACUUGAAUCAGAGCUAUCUUUACUCCGCGAAAAGUAUGAGGAUAGUAUCAGCGAUCUUUAUAACUGCCGGAAAGACUUAAAACUUGCAAAUGCAGAUUUGGCUGAUGCUCGCAAUGAAAGCACUGAAAGUACCAAAGAACUGAACAUGUUCAAAGCUGAGCUUGAUGCUAAGCAUGAAACAGUUAUUGAGCUCGAGGACACCAAGAAGCUUCAAACGGUCGACGAAGAGAAGCUACGUCAAACUGAAGAAAGCAGGAUACAAGAGUUGAAAGACGAUUACGAAAGGUUACAAUCCGAGCACGCUCAAUUGCAGGAUACCUUUCAGCAUUCUGUUCAGCAAGGCGAUGCAUCCAGAGACAAAAUUCACGAGCUUAUUGGAAUUAUUUCUGAGAAUGACCUCAAAGCACGUAAACUCCAGCAAUCUCACGAUCGUCUCGAGAAAAGUCUUGAAGACAGCGGCCGUCUUGCCAAGAAGGCUACCACGGCCAAUAAGAAGCUUGGAUCUGAUUGCCGUCGAGAACAUCUCAAAUUGGUAGAUUGUCGCCGAGAGCUUGAAUUGACGCAGGGCCAAGUGGAGCUUAUGAAUUGCCACAAAACGGAGUCAUUGCAAUUUAUGGCUCAGCUGAUGAUGUCCUUCAGAGAUGCGCUUUGCGAAGAAACUUUGCAGCAGUGCGAUGCGUAUUUGGAAUCCAUCAGCUCGAACCAACUCUUUACUUGCGCCCUUUUGCAAGCCGGGACUGAAACUAACAAAGACCAAUGGAAACAGCAGGCUAUUUGCGAGCGAGAACAAGUGGCUAAUUUCUAUCGUCAUUUUGCCAAGACCAACCUUCUCGACCAGAUUUUUGCCAAAUAUGUGUCCUACAUGCGAUCAAACAGAUUUUUGUCGCAGCAGCUGAGAGGGCUGCGGCAAAAGGAAAACGACCACGAGGAGUACAUAGCAAGAUUACUACAAGAUUGCAAAUCUCAGCGGAUUUUAAUUGCAAAACAGGAUCGUCGAAUUGAAAUUUUGAAAAAGGACUCCAAGGCACACACCGUGGUGGAAGCGACCAACGGCGCAAGACGUUGA